AUGAAUUGUCUCCAAGUUUUCGUUUUCUCGAUUUUCGUCUUGAUUUCCGGCGGGUUUUCGGCGGAUACUGCUUUGGAAAGUUUUGUGAAUGAUCUCGAAUUGCAUAUCACACAAGCAAUCAAGAUCGGAGAUCGAAACGCACUCUUGCACCGCUUCAAAUCCGACUACGAAUAUCUGGAUUGUCAGAAUCAGAAAUUGAAUCGUGAACAAGUUGUGGAUUCAUUGUUGGGAAGAAAAAAGGAUCUACCAUUCAUCAGAUUGUCCAAAGUGCAAAGAAUUUCAGCAGAUCCAGCCAAAUUCUAUUUUAUCAUGGAAUAUCGAUUCGAUAAAUCUGGCGGGAAAUUUGCAUGGAACUCUACUGUUGAAUAUUUUAAAGAUGUUCAUGUUUUUACUCAAUCAAAGGAAUUGGGAUGUUGUUCUGUUUGA